GGCAGUUGCGUGGCCAGCUGCGGCGGGGUCCUUGUGCUGGAGGUGACAUUCAGUCGGCUCACACGGCUAGCAGCAGCAGCGAGCCGGGAGGCUACAAGAAAAUCUCAACAUGGCGCAGGCUGUGCAGAAAUUAGUGGCAAAAGUACCUACACUUGUCGGCGCCGCUGUCAGCUACUCCAAACCCCGGCUGGCGACCUUCUGGCACUACGCCCGUGUGGAGCUGGUUCCUCCCACCCCUGCAGAGAUCCCCAAGGCCAUCGAGGGGGCAACCAACGUCCUCAAGGCUUUCCAGUCCGGGCGCUUUGGACAAACCACAGUCAAGGAUGCAUUCAGAAACGGCCUCGUGGCCACUGAAGUGCUGAUGUGGUUCUACAUCGGAGAGUGCAUCGGCAAAGGAGGCAUUGUCGGCUACGAUGUCUGAAUUUUGGACUGUCCUGAUGCUUUUUUUCCUCGCGUAUUGUAUGCUCAAUUUCCUGCACCAGUCUUGGGAUCCAAUAAAUAAAUGUCUGUUGUAGAAGAAUUGCAUUGUUUUUGACUGCUUACUUUGGUCAUCCACUAGAAGUCAGUUUUUUAUAUAAGAGGAAUUUAUCAAGUAUAAAAAUACAAGAUUUGAAAACCUUGACUAAACAAGUGCAAACCAACUUAACUAAUCUUACUGCUACUAUACAGUUAACAUGGACCGGUACAGUUUCUCAGCAGUACAAUGAAUUAUAUGUUUUUAUCACUUUCAUUUUAUCUACCAGCUGUGUUAUGAAUGAUUGUAUUUUUUGGCAAAGUAUGAGUUACUUUCCUUGUUACAUGUCAUUUAAAAGCGGUUAGUGUGAAGUGCAAACAUCUCUGUGUAUCGCUGAAGUCAGAAAAUUUCUCAGAAGACAA